UGAGUGCAGCGGGGGGCUCUGCGGCGGGCGCGAGUGGACGCCCUAGACCUCGCCUCCCUCCCUCGCCCCAGAUUCACUGCUAAACAUGGGUGCAUUUUUGGAUAAACCCAAAACUGAGAAACAUAAUGCUCAUGGUGCUGGGAAUGGUUUACGUUAUGGCCUGAGCAGCAUGCAAGGAUGGAGAGUGGAAAUGGAAGACGCACACACAGCGGUUGUAGGUAUUCCUCACGGCUUGGAAGACUGGUCAUUUUUUGCAGUUUAUGAUGGUCAUGCCGGAUCCCGAGUAGCAAAUUAUUGCUCAACACAUUUAUUAGAACACAUCACUAAUAAUGAAGACUUCAGGGCAGCUGGAAAAUCAGGAUCUGCUCUUGAGCCUUCAGUGGAAAAUGUCAAGAAUGGUAUCAGAACGGGCUUUUUGAAAAUUGAUGAAUACAUGCGUAACUUUUCAGACCUCAGAAAUGGAAUGGACAGGAGCGGUUCAACUGCAGUGGGAGUUAUGAUUUCACCUAAGCAUAUCUACUUUAUCAACUGUGGUGAUUCACGUGCUGUUCUGUAUAGGAAUGGACAAGUCUGCUUUUCUACCCAGGAUCACAAACCUUGCAAUCCAAGGGAGAAGGAGCGAAUCCAAAAUGCAGGAGGCAGCGUAAUGAUACAGCGUGUUAAUGGUUCAUUAGCAGUGUCUCGUGCUCUGGGGGACUAUGAUUACAAGUGUGUUGAUGGCAAGGGCCCAACAGAACAACUUGUUUCUCCAGAGCCUGAGGUUUAUGAAAUUUUAAGAGCAGAAGAGGAUGAAUUUAUCAUCUUGGCUUGUGAUGGGAUCUGGGAUGUUAUGAGUAAUGAGGAGCUCUGUGAAUUUGUUAAAUCUAGGCUUGAGGUAUCUGAUGACCUGGAAAAUGUGUGCAAUUGGGUAGUGGACACUUGUUUACAUAAGGGAAGUCGAGAUAACAUGAGUAUUGUACUAGUUUGCUUUUCAAAUGCCCCUAAAGUCUCAGAAGAAGCAGUGAGAAAAGAUUCAGAGUUGGAUAAGUACUUGGAAUCACGGGUUGAAGAAAUUAUGGAGAAGUCUGGUGAGGAAGGAAUGCCUGAUCUUGCCCACGUCAUGCGCAUCUUGUCUGCAGAAAAUAUCCCAAAUUUGCCUCCUGGGGGAGGACUUGCUAGCAAGCGCAAUGUUAUUGAAGCUGUUUAUAGUAGGCUGAAUCCACAUAGAGAAAGUGAUGGGGGUGCUGGAGAUCUAGAAGACCCAUGGUAGCCUUAUAAACCUUCUAAAAUGCUUUUGAUUCUGAAAAUUGGGGGAAAAAACUUUUAAUCACAAUUUUCUUCAAUACAAGGGAAAAAUAUUCUUGUGGAUUCCCAACGUUUUGUGAUAUGAGCAGAAAAUCAUUAGCAUUUCCCAUCAUUUGUUCAUAUUUGUGUUUUCUGAUAAUUGCCACUUGUAGCAUUGCCUGUACUACAGUAUUUUUCGCCAACCUCAGGCAUACUGGUUACAUCUGUAUUGAACUUUUGGCCCUAGAAACCGAUGGAGUUAUUUCACCACAAAUAACAAAUGUGCCUGAGGUGCCCGGGAAUAUAGUUAGCUGUACUCUGAAGAUACAUUAUGGGUUUUUUGUUUUGUUUUGUUUUGUUUUUUGAACAAGACACACAACAUAUAAGCAUGUAAGAGUAAAGAAUUGUAUGAGAUGUUCCUUUUUUCAGUUCACCAAGUUGGAAGCCUUUUGCAGCUCUAUGGCUUGAAAUUUCAUUUGAGCAAUUUACUAUAGGAUAUAUAUUUAUUAUUAAUUGUUAUUUAAUUUUUUUCCCAUUUUACCUGUAUUACCAAACCGGGUUCUCCAAUAAUGUCCAAAUUGUAAUGUUGCCUGCUUCAAGAUAAAGUGUAUUUGGCAAUUAUAUUAUAAACCCUUACAGAUUUUAUGCAUGUAUCUACUACAUCCGUCAACUCACACUAGAAAAUCUUUUGAAACCAAAUGGAUUAAUUUAUGGCUAUUUAUAAUUUGCUUUGACAUCUCACUGCUGCAAAUUUUUUUAAAUGAUGAGACUUGCCUUUAUAAUGUAAAUUGUGAUUUUUCUUUUACAUGUGGGUUUCUAUAGUUUUAAUUUUUCAGCUUUUAAGAUACAACAAGUUUUGUGUAAUUUGGUAAAAUUUUUAAUUGUUUAUGUUAUUUUAAAAAGCUCAGAAUAUCACAUUGAAAUGACUAUAAAUAUGUUAAAAAUUAUCUAUUUUAGAUCUAAGAAAAUAUUACAGAGAUAUUUUCAUGGGUUCAGUAACCUUUCAUUUUAUAACAUUGGGCACGGUACAGAGUGGCUGUCACAUAAGGUACUUGAAGAUUAUUAGUUUAAUUCUAUUUUUACAACAACCUUGAGUUCUUGAGUUCUUUUGAGUUUUGCAUGUAUCCGAUUAAUGCUGAACAUGAAGAGUAAAAUAUUUAUCUAAAGGAAGCUAUGGGGUAGGAGAAGGCAAUGAAUGUAUCCAUUUGUACAUGGUUUACAUGUUGUGGAUGCUUUGUAAACAUUUUCCUAUGCGUUUAAAUUGUGUUUCAGCAGGAUGUAAUUGCCCUUGUGUGUAGUUAAAAUGAGUCAUCAUCUGGUCCUGUGUGAAAUGGAAUUCAUGGUAUUUUCUGUAACAUUUUCCUGAAGCUGUUUCUGGAGAACCACACAUUUGGAUACAGACAACUUUCCUGAUCAUUUGAUUUAUUGUGCACCUGAUUUUCGGUCUAAAAGGAAUUAUUGCCACAAUAUAUUUUAUUUAUUCUUUAGAUUUUAGCCUUGUAAGUUAAAGUGCUUUACAUGAUGAUGUUAAAAGCUAUUUGUCCCUUUACUGGGUUUGAGGGUUGUUAAAAGAUAGGGAAUGAAGAAUGCAAAAUGGUUUAUUGUUCAAACUGUCCACUCUGAUCCAACCCUGUACUGACAGUACCUUUCCAGUAUGAUGUUGUGAUGUUUCAUACAAUGCAGUGAACAUAACCAACUUGUUACCUAAAUAAAGAAUUGAUAAAAACAGUG